AUGUUAUGGAAAAAUACAGAUAAUUCAACAAUAAUUGUAUUUCUAUUAAUAUUAAUAUUUUCGUUAUGUCAAAAUAUUUUGUUUUAUGGUAUUCCCAUUGAAUUACCAGCUCUAAUUAAUCAAUUACCAGAAGGAUGGUCAUUACCAGCUAUUUUUAAUUUAGUAAGUCAAGGAGCAGCAAUAUCACUAAUCAUUAUAUUUUUAUUACGUCAUUUAACCAAAUCAAAAUCUUAUGAAACAAUGACAAUAAUAAUAAUUUUAUUAAUAUCUAUAAUAACAUUUGUUAUUCUUGGAUUAAUUUGGCAUAAAACAAUAAUAAUUAAUAAUAAAUCUCAUUCAAUCUAUUUUUUAUUCUUUUCAUUUAUUAUUUAUGUUUGUGAAUAUAGUGGAAGUUUAUUAUUUCUUCCAUAUCUUGAUCGAUAUAAAACAAUUAUGAUGCGAGCUUAUUUUUUAGGUGAUGGAAUAUCAAGUGGAACAUUAGCUAUACUUGGUUUUGUUCAAGAUUCCGAAAAAACCCAAUGUAUACCAAUUAUUACUUCUGCAAAUCAAACAAUAUUCAUUGAAAAAACUUCUUCAUUAGGAUUUUCUGUUGAAACUUAUUUUUUUCUUUUAUCAUUUAUUCUCUUUUGUUCACUUAUUUCUUUUCUUAUAUUAUCGAUAACGAAAAUUGGACAAGAUAAAUCGAAUGAAAAUGAUGAAUCGAUAAAAUUAAUUAAUAAUAAUAAGAAUGAAAUUGAAGAAGAACAAGAAAGUUUUCUUCCUGGUUUACAAACUUAUGCACUUGCAUCUUAUUCACAUGAUAUUUAUCAAAAAACAAUUGUUUCCAUUGAAAUAUCAUAUUUGUUAGUUCAAAUAUUUUGUGCAAUUUAUUCCAAUAUAACAAUAAAACGUUAUCCAAAUUUAGUUCAUAUAUUUAAUAUAAUUGCUACACUUUUUUUAAUUUAUAUAUUUAUUAUUGCAAAAAUGUCUCCAUGUCCUCCUUUCAUAAAUAAUAUUUUAUUAGGUGGUUCAAUAAGUGCUUUAAUAUAUGUUGCUGCAAAUGGUCUAAAUCAUAUUGUGUAUAUUUUAUUAAAUAUUCAUUUUCAUGAAGUAUCUGGAGAAAAAGGACUCUUUUGGAGUUGUUUUAUGGUAUAA